AUGUGGCCGUUAAGAUCUUCCCCAUCCAGGACAAGCUGUCUCUGGCAGAACGAGUAUGAGAUCUACAGCUGUGAGCGGCUAUGGAAGCACGAAAACAUCCUCCACUUUAUCGGCGUGGAGAAGAGGGACAACAACCUGGACCUGGAGCUGUGGCUCAUCACCGCCUACCACGACAAGGGUUCACUGACAGACUACCUGAAGGCCAACGUGGUGUCCUGGAACGAGCUUUGCCACAUCGCUCAGUCAGCAGCCCGUGGCCUUGCCUACCUCCACGAAGACAUCCCAGGACAUAAGGACGGGCACAAGCCCUCCAUUGCUCACAGGGACAUUAAGAGUAAGAAUGUGCUGCUGAAGAAUAACCUGACAGCCUGCAUCGCUGACUUUGGCCUUGCACUGAAGUUUGAGGCAGGAAAAUCAGCAGGAGACACACAUGGACAGGUGGGAACACGGCGUUACAUGGCUCCUGAAGUGCUGGAGGGCGCCAUCAACUUCCAGCGCGACUCCUUCCUGCGCAUCGACAUGUACGCCUUCGGCCUCGUUCUGUGGGAGCUGGCGUCGCGGUGCACAGCUGCUGAUGGUCCAGUAGACGAGUACAUGCUCCCCUUUGAGGAGGAGGUGGGUCAGCACCCGUCGCUGGAGGACAUGCAGGAAGUGGUGGUGCAUAAGAAACUGCGGCCCUGCCUGCGAGACUGCUGGCAGAAACACACGGGUCUGGCCAUGCUCUGCGAAACCAUCGAGGACUGCUGGGACCACGAGGCCGAGGCCCGCCUGUCUGCCGGCUGCGUGGAGGAGCGCAUCGGACAGAUGCAGCGCCAGGCGCCCGUCAUCGGCCCCGAGGAGAUCGUCACUGUCGUCACCAUGGUGACAAACGUGGACCUCCCGCCCAAGGAGUCCAGCUUAUGAUCAGCCAAUCGGCCGACUCCGGAUGAGCCAGCGGAAACACGGAUCAACACGAGGGGAUAAAUGGCUGACCCUGGUUGGUCGGCUUUGUGGGUUUUUUUUUUUUUUUUUUUUCCCUUUGAUUGUGUUUUUUGUCUUUUUUCCCCCCCCGUUCCUUUAAGUGCGGGCCGCUGCUCGCAUUCAGGAAUCGCCCCGCGCCCGCCUCACCACAUCAGUCGACAUCCACCUCAUUUUGAUAUGCGUGCCUGAGGAUUUUAACGUUGAACUCUCUGCCAUCCUGAGCGGACUCACUCAGGAUGUUUUACCAAGCGACAGCGCUCACAUGCUGGGACGACGACACUCAACGGACACUUUGAUCAUGUAUUGUUUUUAUAUACACGCACACACACACAGACACACACACAGAUGUAGUUGGGCGGAGAAGAUCCUUCUGAGAAAUUUCACGAAACUUUCAGUGCAUUUUAGUGUUAAAAAAAAACAACAAAAGAAGAAAAAAAAAAAAGGACAAGCACCCGGCUCUUGAUACAUUUGCUGUUUUCUCGUGUGGGUUUUUUUUUUUUUUUGGAGACUAUCGUUCUGCCAAUAAGCAACGGCUUCUGAAUGUUUAUAGUGUAAUGCUGCUGUACAUAGUGUAUUAUGGACCCAGACAACUUGGUAAUCAAGCUUAUUUUAAAGGGGGGGGAAUGGGGAGGGGGGUCCAUUUUCAAGCAUUACGAUGAUAAAAACCAUAAACCUCCUUCAACCAGGUAUACCUCAGUUCAGAUGGACACAGUUUAAAAAUUAGUCCCUCUCUCCCUGUUCACGGUCAUCGCUCGCACUUCCUCCACAACCUUCGGCUCCUCGUCGCAUCCAAACAGCUCGCUGGCGGCGGUCAGCGAAGCCUCGACACACACACAUGGCCAUAGACACUGUUUAAAAAAAAAAAAAAAAAAA